AUGAAACGUCAACCGAUAACCUUUGCGCAAUUGCUUGUGCGUGGUAGGCGAGGCCAAGGCUUCAACUUCAGUCGGCCUCUUUCCAGCACCUCCCACUGUCCCGGUAGACUUCGCGCGCGUCUAGAAAUACCUCCCCCAUUUCCAGUGAUCAAAUCGUGCCCAGAUCCCACUUGCGAUUGUCCGACGCCAGCUAUGCCGGAAGGGUUACCCAUAGAUCAUGAACAGGCAUUAAACGGGACGAUGGCCGCAUAUGCACAACAGCUUCUGAUUUGCACAGGCCAAAAAGACUGGACAAGUCGUAUUGAAGAUGACGGAGAAGGCCAAGGGUGGGGAAAUUUGGUGAGAGGGCUCAAGAGCCUCCUUGGGCGUGGUGGUGCAUAUCUUGAUCCUUUCAACAAUAUCCUCGUCACAAAUUCCUCCAUCGCCCCCAUGACAACAAGCAGCUCGUCAUCCGCUUCGGCAUUCCUCUUUCCUAGCUUCAAAUAUAUUCCCUCUAUCCCGACAGAAAUAGCAUCCCAUACAGAUACCAUCGACUUGAAGACUUUCGUCCGCGCCUACCUCCUUCCCAAGCAUUUGCAUGAUUUGCACUCUUCACUACCCGAUGAUAAGCGGGCAGAAAUGACUCGCGCCCCUGACCUCGCUUCCAAAUUCUCCGGUGUCAUAGAUAUUGAACAAUCUCCCACCGUCUUGAUAUGUGGUCAUGGAGGUCGCGACAUGCGCUGCGGAGUAAUGGCGCCCGUGCUUGAAAAGGAGUUCCAGCGUGUUCUUUUAUCGCAAGGAUUCCGAUCGGCCAGCAGCGAUAAUGCUAUCAUCGAUGGACCUGAUCAUGCUAAUAUUGGCCGUAUUAGUCAUGUUGGUGGACAUAAAUAUGCCGGUAAUGUCAUUGUGUACAUUCCGCCGAAGAUGACUCUGCGAUAUUCGAGGGUUUCUCAUCCGCUAGCAGGCAUGGGAAUCUGGUAUGGUCGUAUAGAGCCGAGGCAUGUCCAUGAUAUCGUGCAAGAAACGUUGUUCAAAGGAAAUGUUGUUGCUGAUCAUUUUCUAGCCAUCAUGCAAAUCCUCUCCCGUAUUCGAUUGACGCCCAUAGUGGCACAAGCGCGACUUUGCGCACGCCCUAACCUGCGUCCAUUCGCCCUCUCCUCCAAUUCCUCCAAUGCCUUCACGCGCCUGUCCUCAACAGCAAUAAACCGAAAGCUCGACCUUCCUGCACUUGACAAAAAGUGGCAAGCAAAAUGGCAAUCCGAUCCGGCGUCGCUAAUCCCUAUCACUUCAGAGGGCUCUGACCCGAAACCGAAAUUUUUUAUCCUAUCGAUGUUUCCAUAUCCAUCUGGCACGUUGCACAUGGGCCAUCUACGUAUAUUUACUAUAUCAGAUGUCUUGUCACGGUUUUAUAGAAUGCGCGGAUAUGAUGUUCUGCACCCAAUGGGUUGGGAUGCGUUCGGGCUGCCAGCGGAAAAUGCGGCGAUCGAGCGUGGCGUGGACCCCGCGGAGUGGACACAGCAAAAUAUUGCUAAGAUGAAGGAGCAGUUGCGGCGUAUAUCUACAAUGUUCGACUGGGAUCGUGAACUGGCCACAUGUUCACCGGAGUUCUAUGAACAUACACAACGAAUAUUUCUGAUGCUCUAUGAGAAAGGACUAGCUUAUCAGGCUGAAGCACUAGUCAAUUACGACCCUGUUGAUAAGACUGUGCUAGCAAACGAACAGGUUGAUGCCAACGGAUGCUCAUGGCGUUCCGGGGCCAAAGUUGAAAAGUUGAAUUUGAAGCAGUGGUUCUUUCGGAUCACAGACUUCAAGGAGACGCUACUGAAGGACUUGGACUCGCUUUCUGGCGGCUGGCCCGAACGUGUUUUAUCAAUGCAGAGGAAUUGGCUUGGAAAGUCCCAGGGAGCCAAAAUUACAUUUCCAAUGAUCAUCAGUGGGCAAGAAACAGAUGAGGUCAAUAUAAACGUAUUCACGACACGUCCUGACACUUUGUAUGGCGUUGAAUAUCUCGCUCUCUCUCUCAAUCACCCCGCUGUCUUGAAAGCUGCAGAAACAGACUCAUUGCUUCGCUCGUUCCUAGAUGAGGCGUCCUCCCUCCCUCCAGACUCUAAGGCUGGCUACCGCCUCGCCGGAGUCACGGCAUCCCAUCCGCUACAGAAGAUUGAUCAAGCAAGCCCUCACAUACAGCGACAGCUCCCCAUUUUUGCGGCACCGUAUGUGUUGAGCGAGUAUGGUGAAGGUGCAGUGAUGGGUGUCCCCGGUCACGACAACCGAGACAUGGCAUUUUUCAAGGAGAAUGGAAACCCUGAAUCUAUUCCCAUCGUUAUACAAGCAGAGCCAGCAAAAGACGGUGAAAGUGAGAUAGACACUAUUGUUCCUAUCGAACAUGCCAAGGCAUUUACUCAGUAUGGGUUUCUUACCUCUCGAUGCGGGAAAUAUCAGAAUUUACACUCAAAAGAGGCUGCAAAGCAAAUAGUCACUGAUCUGAAGAACUUGGGGCAAGCCGACUUUGUUGAAAGAUGGCGCCUUCGAGAUUGGCUGAUCAGUCGUCAGCGAUACUGGGGUACGCCUAUCCCCAUCAUCCAUUGUGCUGACUGUGGCCCUGUCCCUGUGCCAAAGGAGGAUUUGCCUGUCAGGCUACCCAAGAUCCAAGGCGACUGGCUCAAGGGUAAAAAGGGCAAUCCCCUUGAGUCAUCUGAAGAGUGGCUUCAUACGAGUUGCCCAAGCUGUGGGGGACCAGCGAAACGUGACACUGAUACAAUGGAUACUUUCGUGGAUUCGUCUUGGUAUUUUCUGCGUUUCCUGGACUCUGCAAACAAGGAUGCCCCAUUCUCACCUUCCGUUGCGCAACCUGUAGACUUUUAUAGUGGCGGUGUGGAGCACGCUAUUCUGCAUUUACUGUACGCUCGGUUUAUCUACAAGUUUCUCGCUCAGUCGGACCUAUUCCCAGCUGGUACAAAAGGUCCAGCUGAGCCCUUCAAGACUCUACUUUCUCAGGGUAUGGUCCAUGGAAAAACAUUCCUAGAGCCAUCCACUGGGCGCUUCUUGCACCCCGACGAAGUCGAUCUCACAGAUCGUGAGAAGCCCUUGAUCAAGGGCACCGAAAUCACACCCAAUGUGUCAUUUGAAAAAAUGUCAAAGAGCAAACACAAUGGCGUUGACCCGACUGUAUGUGCCUCUAAAUAUGGCGCCGAUGCCACUCGCGCACACGUGCUCUUCUCCGCACCUGUCAGUGAAGUGCUCGAGUGGGACGAAACCAAAAUUGUGGGUGUGGAGCGGUGGUUUGGCAGGUUAUGGAAGCUUGUAAUUGAUACUCGGCAAACACUGGCCAAGUCCUCCUUGGUUGCCUCCCCUGCCGAUAUUGAUACUGCAAUGGUCCAAGCUUUCCCUCUUCCUCCAUCACUUGAUGAUCUGAGCGAUUCCGAUGCAGAAGCUAUUCUAGCUACUCAUAACACGAUAUUGUCUGUGACAGCCUGUAUCGAGAGCAACCCUUACGGGCUCAAUACGGUAAUCUCCGAUCUAAUUAAACUAACAAACGCCCUAUCAUCAACGCCUCCUUCCUCCCCUCUAGCCCUCUAUCUCUCUAUCUCGAGUCUCCUCCGUCUCCUAUCCCCGAUUGCACCAGCAUUGGCAUCGGAGUCUUGGGAGAUCUUGCAUGAGCCAUUUACAAAACAAUCAUCUUCGGCAAUAUCAUCCAUUUUAGUCUCCACGUGGCCUACCCCCCUUCUUACACCGGGGCAAGCCGAAGUCCUAUCUUCCCGCGGUGGCCAAACCGUCGCUGUUCAAAUUAAUGGCAAAUUGCGAUGCUCGGUGACCAUCCCACGAUUCUCCACGGCCGAGAGCACGGCCCCGGCUCCAACACGGGAAGAGCAGGAAUGGGUGAUUGGCCAUGUUUUGGGGACGGCAGAAGGAAAGAUGUGGCUUCGGGAGAAAAACGACUGGAAUAAGAGACGGCGUGUCAUUGUUGUUAAGGGAGGUAGGCUUGUGAAUGUUGUAUUCUGA